AUGACACGCCAUUCGAAAAAUUCAACAGCAAAUGCUGUUUAUACUUAUCAUGAAAAACAUAAGGAUUCAUCAACAGGUGGUUAUGGUACAACACAAAUGCGUCUUAGUAAAGAUGCUAUUAAAGAAUUUGAUUGUUGUAAUUUAACAUUACAACCAUGCAUAGAUCCAGUUAUUACGAAAGAUGGAUAUUUAUUUGAUAAACAAGCUAUACUUGAAUAUAUUAUUCAUCAAAAAAAGCUCAAUGCUCGAAAACUUCGUGAAUAUCAAAAACAACUUGACCGUAAACAACAAGAAGUCGAAGAACAAAACGCAAAUGAUCAUCAGAAAAAGAUAAAUAAAUUCUUGGAGAAAGAAGCAACAUAUUCUGUUAAUCAGUCAGUUAAAAAUCUUUUAUCAUCUAAACAUCAAGAUCAAUCAUUAUCAUCAUAUCUUCCAACACCAAAAUCAACGCCGUCAUCAACAUCGACACGAAUAUCAACAUAUGAUGAUAAUCUCGAUGAAAUUCUUCCAUCGUCAACAGCAUCAACUAUAAGUAAUAUGGUAGGUAAUCAAGCUGCACAAUUGCCUAGCUUUUGGGUUCCAGCAUUAACACCAGCAGCAAAAAAAACGGAAUUAAUAAAGCCCGAUCAACAUGUUUAUUGUCCAAUAUCGGGCAAACCAAUAUCGAUGAAAGAUGUAAUUGAUGUUAAAUUUAAAUUAGCAAAUAAUGCUGAUAAAAAAAACCGACCAUUAGUAGCCGUACGUGAUCGAUAUGUUUGUGCUGUUACUGGAGAUGUACUUGGCAAUUCUGUGCCGUGCGCUGUUCUACGAACAUCGGGUUAUGUUGUUACAAUGGAUUGUGUUAAUCGAUUAAUUAAAUUGGAUAUGAUUGACCCAAUCAACGGUGCCAAAUUAACUGAUUAUGAUAUUAUUCCGAUGCAACGCGGCGGUACCGGAUAUUCUGGAUCUGGUGUCCAAUUGGACGCAAAAUUACCGACACCUGCCAUGCAGUAA